CAAUCGCAGCCUUAUGGGCGGGACUAAAUAAGAAAGCGGAAGAUUUAAAAACGAUGAUGGCGGCUGAAAAUAAUCCUCAAAAUUAUCACCAACUGGACGAAAGGAGGAGAAAAUGCAGUGUGUUUAUCAACCAGGAAACGUCAUGCACAAGUUCGCCAGUGAUCUUUAACCCAGACUUCUUUGUGGAGAAACUGAAACAUGAGCAUCCGCAGACCUUUACGGAUUUGGUUCUUAGUAAUAUCACUCGACUCAUAGACCUUCCUGGGGAAGAGUUUGCUCAACUUAUCGGAGAGUCUGAGCCUAGGCUGCUCUCCUCUAAUGGCUUUCUACGAUCCUUCAACUUCCUGAAACGGAAAGAUAAAGGUGUGGUUUUUGGUGCACCAUUAACUGAAGAAGGAAUAGCACACAUCUAUCAGCUCAUCGAAUAUCUGAGUCAAAACCUUCAUGUUGAGGGGUUGUUCCGUGUUCCAGGCCACAGCCUAAGGCAGGCAGCCCUGAGGGAGAUGCUGAACACUGGAGCAGAGAUAGAUCUAGAAACAGGCGACUUCCACCCCAAUGAUGUGGCCUCAUUGCUCAAAGUAUACCUGGGAGAGCUGCCAGAGCCUCUGCUCACACACAGACACUAUCAUGCUCACCUGAAGAUUGGAGAGCUGACUCGCUUUGAUGAUAAAGGGGAGAAGACAAAUGUGCCUGACAAGGAGCGCCAGAUUGAGGCAUUUCAGCUGCUUUUCAUGCUGCUCCCACCAGCCAAUCGCAGCCUUUUGAAGCUCCUGCUGGAUUUGCUGCAUCACACUGCUCGCAAUCAGCACAUCAACAAGAUGACAGCUAUUAAUCUAGCCACAAUGUUUGCUCCACAUAUCAUCUGGCCCAAAAAUGUGAUGCCAAGUCAUCUGCAGGGAGACGUUGAGAAACUAAAUAAUGGCAUAGCAUUCCUCAUCAGGCACUCACAAAAACUGUUCAAGGCUCCUGUAUAUAUCAAAGGAUAUGCCCGCUUAUACUACACAGGAUCAAAAUGUCUUCAGUCAAAGGAUGAUAUGACUCUCUGCUCUGGGACCAAAGAUGGGCCCGUGGCUACAGUAACAGCUGCCUGCCCUUCUCCUUCCAUAAGAUCAGUCAGAGGUGAGGUCAGCAGCGCCUGUACUGGCAGGUCAUCUGAAACACAGAGUUAUACUGAAUCUGCUCUCAGAGAGCUGUACCAGCAGGUCACCAACAUGCCUGAGUCUGCCAAAAAGAAGAAGCUCAUCAGACAGUUUGAAAAGCAGCCCUCGCUGACACCUUCAGCUGACACACGGACACCGUGCAGCAGAAAACACUUGCGUUCACGCUCUUUGGGUGGAACGAUCAAGAGGAAGGUGUUUGGAAGCCAAAUAUUGAUGGAGAAAGAAAACGGCAGCCUAGAGAGUCCUCUACCCAGCAGUGAUGGCCAGGGAAGACAUGACGGCAGCUGUGGAGGAGAUUAAUCAUCUUAAAAAAUGCUUUCUUCACAACUAAGGAAUAAUCAGCUGUAUCUUCUUGAGGUAUUGACACAAACUAAACUAAAGCUUGUACAGCUGGGUAAUUACACCGUUUUCAAUCUGUAGGCAGCUUUUAUAAAAGUAAAUCUUAGGUCUUCAAAGUUGGUAAGGUAGCAAAAAAUUCACCAUAGUUUCUUUGUUUUGCUUUACUUAAGCUAAGGGACAUAACAGUGACACUGUCACUGCUUUAUUUUAGGUCAGUACAAUUUGCCAGUUGUCUUACCAGUGUACAGGGUUUACCUUUUAAUGUAAUUAUUCUUGUAAUUACUCUACAUGGCACCAGAAUCUGUGGGUAUGUAGCUUUAUUAUUGACUGAAGCAAGUUUUUAUUUACUUAACAUGUCUGUUUGUAUUCAUAUUUUAUUGAUCAUCUGGAUAUUUUGAGUCCUGGAAUUCAGAUUAUCAGUUCCUGAUAAAAAGUGCAGGUUAAAUUAGUUUUUAAGUUGUAUGUUUAUAGAAAAGUGGUGAAUUCAGAGAUGUGCCUUAAAAUGAAUGUCUUCAGUUUCUGUGUAAUGCCAUUUUUAUUUAACAUUGUUCUUAUUUGUUCUUCUACAAGUUCCUGUUAUAUCUUAAAGUAUGCUGACAUUUUUAUAAAUAAUCCAUUUAAUGUCAGUGAGGGAGUGACAACAACAACAGGCCAAAUGACCAGUUUGUGUGUAUUUUAUAGUUUUUUGUUUUUUUUGUUUCUGCUUUAGCUCAGAUCUUGGGUGUCAACACUGAUACUUCAAACUAUUGCUACUUUUAAAACUCCACUUUGGGUUUUCAACUUAUUUUACUCAGGCCUGUGUUCAUUCUUCUGGAAAUUGUAUACCAUUUUAUAGCUUUAUUUUUAUACCUGCAUUGUGUCUUUCCAAAUGAGGAUGGAUGUUUGCCUUCUAUUGUGGUUGUUGAUCCAGGUGCUUUCUGUGAGAAUUUGAGCCACCGUCAAUUUUAAAACCUCCUAGCUGUCCUACUCUUUCACUGGCAGUGUCCAUUUCAGAAGUCACUCUGCCGAGCUGUUACAGUUGAACUAAAAUGUGGUAAUUGCUGCACGGUCGCCUUAAAUGGCCUUGUAAAUACAUGAUAUUGAUGCCACUGUGAAGCUAUGCAAUUCACUGUAAUUAAAAGGUCAGGCUCCA